GUGCACGUACUGCCACGGGAGAUGCUGGGAAAAUCAACUUUCGGGCUGUCCAUGUGGUUGCUCAAGUGGUUCCCCAUUGGAGUUGUGGAUAGGCUGCUGCUAAUGGUGUCGAGGCUGAUGCUCGGUGACACUUCCAGAUUUGGGCUGGACCGGCCCAUUAUGGGCCCACUUCGCCUCAAGAACUUCUCCGGCAAGACCCCCGUCCUCGACGUUGGAACCCUCGCCAAGAUCAAAACUGGUCACAUCAAGAUACGUCCUAGCAUCAAGCGGCUGAGGCGCCACGCUGUGGAGUUUGUUGAUGGGAGAUUGGAAAAUUUUGAUUCCAUUAUAUUGGCUACUGGGUAUAGAAGCAAUGUGCCCUCUUGGCUAAAGGAGGGAGAAAUGUUUGGGAAAGCAGAUGGACUGCCGAGGAGACCGUUUCCAAAUGGGUGGAAAGGAGAGAAUGGGCUAUACGCAGUGGGAUUCACGAAGCGUGGAUUACUCGGCGCGUCAAUGGACGCCAAGAGGAUCGCCGAGGACAUCGAACGGUGUUGGAGAGCGGAGGCCAAGCUCUGCACUCCCACGCCGCAAUCUCCACCGUCCACAUAACUCCAUCAGCGAGGAGGCAAAAAUAAUCCACAACUCCAUUUGAAACGCGGAUUAUCAAGAAAACAAAAAAUCGCCCUUCUUCCUCGUGAAUAAGGGAGCUGGGAUUCAGUGCUUCUCUGAUUCUUCAAGAAAGGAAAAAAGAAAAAAAGGCUAAAGAAAAAGAGAGGGUUGCAGAAAAAAAAAAAUAAAGACAAAAAUAGAAGGAAAGAAAUUACCAUGCUCGCCCUCGGGAAGGAGGAGAAACAGAAGACGUGGCUAAUUUAUUCCAAUUGUUUGGUUCCUCGUAAACGGCAGCAGCUACUUUGAACAAUUUUUUUUUCUGUGGUUAGAGAGAGAGAAGUAGGAGAGAGAAAGGGGAUGUUUGGAAAUGCUAUUUGUUAUAGAAUGAGAUUUUUCUGAUGUUAUUUGGGCACAAAAAUGGAAAGAGAGGAGGCAAAAAAAGGAAAGAUAGAAAAUUAAGAGCUUUGCGAUUGGUUUUGGGUGAUGGAUCGGAAUAAUGUGACUGACACUCGAAUAACCGUUAGAUGUUGAA